AUGGAGUUGAAUAACUGUAAAGUUUUGUCAUUUGUAUCCCAUCUUGGAAAGUGAUAGCAUGCUCUGGCAUGUAGCUCAAAGAGUGCGAGUCAAGUUUACAGGAGUAUGCAAUUAACGCAACUAAUCAUGAAUAUCAAUAAACCUAUAUAACUUGAAUCAGUGGCAGUAGAUUAAGGAAAUCACGGGCGAAUCAAGACUCUUACCUUGGAAGAUGUGUUGUCUUCAAAGAAUGGAAUCAAGCAACGCAACGCAAAGUCUGUCACCAGUACAAACUGUUGCAGCCAUCCUCCAGUGGAGUAGGCGCUGGUAGCGACUGAAGUUGUUCAGCUUCUUUUCAGAUGAAUACUUUUCCAGGCACUGAAGUUUUGAAAAUGAUAUCCUGAAACAUAAAGACUAAAUAAAGGGGACCAUAACAAAAUCACUUGUAACAUUCAUGAUGGUGUAUGACAUCAUGCUGAACGACAGUAAAGUCGCGUGAGGACGAGACAGCGUUAUUCGUCCGCCUGAAGGCGUAAAAUCGAGGACAGAUCUGUCGCAAAGCAGCCACUACAACCACCAGCAUGCUGAUUUUGGGAUGAGAAUCAGCCUCCUGGGUUGAAAGUGGACCCCCUCCCCCCUCCACCUUCUCCUUCUCCUGCCUCUCUUCCCAUCACCAUCAGUCCCCGCUGCCCACAUGCAGGCCAAGAAGAGGUACCUGCUCGUGUCUCUAGGGGCCUGUCUUCUUCUGCUUGCCUAUCUGUGGGGAUUGCAGAUCGGAGAGUUCCAUACCCAGCACCAGCACCACCAAUACCACCACCACCACCAGCACCAUCUCUACAAAGUGUCCCAGAGCCGGAGCGGGCCGAGGCAGCGUUGGCCGGAGUGGACCGAUUCUCUGAACAACUACCUGGAUGGAGGCGAGCAGGAGGAGGACACCCCGCGCCUCCAGCACCAGCAUGUGUCUCCACGCGAGAGGCGGGAGGUCCGCAACAACAUUUACAAGAGCAAGAGGUGCCGCAUGGACACAUGCUUUGACUUCAGCCUCUGCCAGAGGGGCUUUAAGGUCUACACCUACCCCCUGCAAAAGGGCGAGAAGAUCUCCGAGAGCUACCAGAAGAUCCUGGCGGCCAUCGAGGAGUCCCGCUUUCAUACCUCAGACCCCAGCGAAGCAUGCUUGUUCAUCCUGAGUGUGGACACGCUAGACAGAGACCAGCUCUCUGUGCAGUACAUUCACAAUGUCAAGACCAAAAUUCAGAGCCUUUCCCUGUGGAAUGAUGGGAGGAACCACCUUAUAUUCAACCUCUACUCGGGUACGUGGCCAGAUUACACGGAGGAGCUGGGCUUUGAUAUUGGGCAAGCUAUUUUGGCCAAAGCCAGCAUCGAUGUGGAUAACUUCCGGCCGAACUUUGAUGUGUCCAUUCCUUUGUUUUCAAAAGACCACCCUCAGAAAGGGGGGGACAAGGGUUAUUUGACACUCAACAAUGUGCCACCAUCUAGGAAAUAUUUACUGGUUUUCAAAGGGAAGAGGUACCUCACUGGUAUUGGCUCAGAAACCAGAAAUGCUUUAUAUCACAUUCACAACGGGGAAGAUAUAAUUCUUUUAACCACCUGCAAGCAUGGGAAGGACUGGGAGAAGCACAAGGAUGCAAGGUGUGACAAGGACAAUGAAGAAUACUCCAAAUAUGACUACCAGGAGCUGCUCCACAACUCCAGCUUCUGCCUGGUCCCCCGCGGUCGCAGACUGGGCUCCUUCCGCUUCCUGGAGGCCCUGCAGGCGGCCUGUAUCCCAGUGUUACUCAGUAAUGGCUGGGAGCUGCCCUUCUCCGAAAUUAUCGACUGGAGCAAGGCGGCCAUCAUUGGGGAUGAAAGGCUCCUGCUACAGAUUCCCUCAAUUACCAGAUCCGUGGACCAUGACAAAAUAUUGGCGCUUAGGCAGCAGACUCAGUUCCUCUGGGAUGCUUAUUUUUCUUCGGUGGCAAAAAUAGUAUUAACUACAUUAGAGAUAAUCCAGGACAGAAUAUAUUCACACAUAUCAAGAAACAGGUUGAUGUGGAAUUCGCUGCCUGGCGGGCUGUAUGUUUUGCCACAGUUCUCCUCAGACCCGGCAGUGUUUCCAUUUUACUACUCCAUACUGGGUAAAAGCCCGUCCCAGGAGUUCACGGCCGUCAUCCAGGCUGUGACCCCACUGCAGUCACAGCUGCAGCCCGUGGUGAAGCUGAUCAUCGCUGUAGCCAAAUCCAAGUUCUGUGCACAGAUAAUAGUGCUGUGGAAUUGUGACAAGCCCUUACCUCUCAACAGCAAGUGGCCCUCCACCUCAGUGCCUAUCACAGUCAUCGAGGGAGAAAGGAAGACGAUGAGCGGUCGCUUCUUCCCCCAUGACGUCAUCCUCACAGACGCCGUCCUUAGUCUGGAUGAGGACUCAGUUUUGUCAACCAAUGAGGUUGAUUUCGCCUUCAUCGUCUGGCACAGUUUCCCAGACCGGAUCGUGGGGUACCCGGCACGCAGCCAUUACUGGGAUGGCAGCAAAGCGCGAUGGGGCUACACCUCCAAGUGGACGAACGAGUACUCCAUGGUGCUCACCGGAGCCGCUUUCUACCACAGGUAUUAUCACUACCUGUAUACCCACUACCUGCCAGCCAACCUUCUCAGCAUGGUGGACCAGAUGGCCAACUGCGAGGACAUCCUGAUGAACUUCCUGGUGUCCGCUGUCACCAAGCUCCCGCCAAUCAAAGUCACCCAGAAGAAGCAGUAUAAGGAGACCAUGAUGCAGCAGGGGUCCAAGACGUCCCGCUGGGCCGACCCAGACCACUUUGCUCAACGGCAGACCUGCAUGAACACCUUCAGUGGAUGGUUUGGGUAUAUGCCCCUCCUGCACUCCCAGAUGCGGCUGGACCCCGUCCUGUUUAAGGAUCAGGUGUCAAUAUUACGGAAGAAGUACAGGGACAUCGAGAGACUUUAGAGCCCAUUGUAUGAACAGAACCACAGCCUUUUUCAGCCACACAUCUUGAGUGGCUCUGGGCUGUCACUAUCAGACUCGAUCUCUGCAGAGUAAUUUAUUAUGAAAUAUGCAACGCUCCGGCCAUUUCAACAGUGGCUAUGGUCAAGAUUAAUCCACGGUCUCUCAUAAUCUGUGCUCCAACUCCCGGUGUCAGUGUGUUGGAUUCUGUUUUUGUUGUUGUUGAAGACAGUAAUGAUGAUGAUGUUGAUGAUGGAAAAUACUGUUUGUGAAACUUUUCACAAGCUUUGCCAUCAAACGGAUUGUCAUGCCCACGUCCUUCUCUGAAAGAAGACAGCCCCGAAGGUCACUCAGUGAAGGCCCUUAGGUCUGCAAAGUAUUCCCCCGUUUUCUUGUGGAAAUGUGGAGGGGAGAAGCAUCAGAGGAGUGCCGUCGAUGUG